UGGUUUGUUAUGCAUGAACAAUUGUUUUUACACACACUGUUUGCACAGGUAGCUAUUUAGAUUGUUUGUGCACAUUUUCUGACAUAAAUGUAGCUAGAACAACUAUAUAUUGCAGCUAAGGAAAUGACUGGUAUGUGGGUGCACAUGCAUGCUAUGAAUAUUGAAAUUGUCCACCCCCAUAUAAUCUGUUGUUUAUAGCUAAUACUGAGUAGAUCUACUAGCUAGUCUAUACAGUCUGUUAGUCUGCAUGCAUAGAGCUUAGUUGGAUGAUAGCUGCUACAAUGAUGUGGUUGAUGUUGCUGCUGGCAUUGUCCCCAGCAUUUGUAGGAUUGACAGCAAGUGUUCCUGGUUCUAGCUGCCUGGCUGAGGACAUUGUUUUGUGCAGGGACAGUCUAAUAGCUGAUAUGGUAUCCUUCAGAAAGAGUCAUAAGAAAGUUCAUAACCCUUUUAGUGUGUCACUACGUCGUAGCUCUCCUGUUGGAAGUCACAAAUAUCAUGUCGAGGUGUCCGGGAAUGACCCUGAGGCUCAAGUUGUUGCAUUUGUACUGCAAGUGUGCAGCCAUGCGGACCAUGAGACUAACAAGUUUACCUCCACUGGAAAAGAAUCAUGGAAGAUUGUAUCUUGCAUUAAUUUGGAUGAUACUGUAAUUCAAUUGAUUUCAGCUCCCAAACCUUUUAUUGCUGUGGACUUUGUUUCUAAAUCAACCACUGUCUCAUUAAGGUACCUCCUUGUGGAUGAUAAUAUGGCAGUCUAUGAGGGCACACAGAUGGUCAGCCUGGCAUCUACCAUGAUAUCUCAGCAUAAUAAUAUUAUGUCUAACAAUCAUAUACGGAGGAAACGAGUGACGUCAGAUGACCCUUCAGCAUACCUGCUCAUGGCCAAUGGUGAUUAUCUCCAUAAGAUCAGCUUGGAUGGUAAUCAAGUACAAACACCCGUACUGGUCGACCAAUCCAACGACAACAUUCUGGACAUUGACUAUCAUUACAGGCAGAGAUUCUUGUACUGGACUGACAACAUGGCUGGAAAAAUCAUGAGAGCUAACCUAGAUGGGAGCGGUGUUUCCACGGUGAUUGAGGAGGGUCUCAUGGAGCCAGAUGGACUUUCAGUGGACUGGGUUACAAACAAGCUCUACUUCACUGACACUGUAUUGGAUAUUGUGGGGGUGUUUGACUUGGAAUCAAACCUCUUCAAAGUGCUCAUUUCAACGCUUGGAGAUUCCAACGCCACUGAACCAAGAGCAAUAGUAGUGGAUCCUUCUACACGCUGGGUGUACUGGACAGACUGGGGUAAUCCAGCCAAGAUUGAGAGAGCUUCUAUGGAUGGCAGGAAUCGAACAGUGCUCCACAACACUGGCCUGGUGUGGCCCAAUGGUAUUACGUUGGACUACUCUAGACAAGUGCUUUACUGGGUGGAUGCUUCAGAGGAUGUGCUACAGUCCUCCAAUGUGGAUGGCAGCAACCGGAUAACUCUAGCCAAUCAAGCUACUGGUCUAUCUCAUACCUUUGGCAUUACGUUCAUCAAUGAUAUCUUGUUUUUCACUGACUGGAACGGUAACAGAUUGCAGAGUAUACCAAUGAGUGGCAGUGCCUUGACUACUGUGUUUGACGGCACCUGCACUGUUCCAUACGGUUUAGUUGCUGUGAGUGACAGCAGGCAAAGUGACCUGACCAACACAUGCUCUGGUAGCAGCUGCUCACAACUCUGCCUGUUAAGCUCCAUUGACCCCCGGGGCUACUCCUGCAGUUGCCGUGACGGAUACUCCCUCGCAGCAAACCAGCAAAACUGUUUCCUGUCAGGAAAUGUAACAGACUACAGCUCUUCUGAACUAGGCACCUGUAUGGCAGCUGGUCAUUCUACAUGCUGUGUGGGUGGUGACUGCGGGGGGUCUCCCCUCUCUUGUUACUGUGACGCUAAUUGUCACGUGUUUGGUGAUUGCUGUCAGGAUGUACCCACAGACUGCAUCAGUGCAGGAUCUACCCCGUACUUGGUAUACGCUAGUGAGCCGUUUAUUCAUCUGAUGACUCUGCCAGUCAAUGCAACAGACACUCAAGUUAGAACCAGAAUAAUCGUGUCUGGCUUGUCGAGAGCAGCUGACAUUGAUUUUCAUUAUAGGGAUGGGUACCUUUACUGGAGUGACGUGACCAAAAUGGAAGUGUGGAGAUCAAACUUUGAUGGCUCUGGAGCAGUGAAGAUAAUGGACACAGGGUCCUCACCAGCCACUGACAUAGCGGUUGAUUGGGUCACAAACAAGCUGUAUUGGGUCAAUGGCACAGACUCCACCAUCAAUAUAUUUGAUUUGACAUCUGGAAGUCAUGCAACCGUACUUACUGUUGACGGGACAGUGACAGAUAUUGCACUCCAUCCAGGCAACAGGGAGAUGUAUAUCUCUGUUUCGGGAAGUACCCCCAGGAUUGAGAAGGCCUCAAUGGACGGCAGCAACAGGGUGACUUUUCAAGCAAUGAAUAUUAGUCUCCCCUCUUCACUAACAAUUGACAACAGCCUAGAAGUUGUCUGGGCUGACACCCAGCUAAACAGAAUCGAGAGUGCCACGUUCGAUGGACUGUCGAGGGGUGUGGCUUACAGUGAGAGCAGCUUGCCUGCUCGUGAUCCAAUGUCGUUUACUAUUCACUUGGACACUCUGUAUUUCGUUGGGUUCUUUGUGGGUGUAUAUGCAGCAAGAACAGAUUCAAACCCAAGGCUUCUUAGUAAUGUCGGCUGCACCUUAGCAGACAGCAUUCAAGUAAUUAGCAAUGCAAGGCAGCCACUAGUUAGUAAUCCCUGUGCUGAUAACAAUGGUGGCUGUUCUACCUCUGAGAUGUGCGUGCUUAGCAUUGAUGGACAUACUUGUCUUACAAUCGGAACAACUGUAACGCCGCUACCUACACUUGGUACAUGUGCUGCGGCUGGUAUCACAGAGUGCUGUGUCACUGGCUCCUGUAUGGGGAACCCCCCUACAUGCUCCUGCUCUACAAACUGCCAGCUGUUUCGUAGCUGUUGUUCUGACGUCAUCACCACAUGUACAACAGAGCCAACAACAGACACCCCUCAAGUUACCGCUAGUGUGGUGAUAACUGGUCCUGAGUCUCCAUCAGAGCUGGACAACAUUUCCAUUGAGUGCUCUAUACGAGCCAAUCCCAGAGCCGAGAUCACUUGGCUGUUAGUGAAAGUAUCAUUAACUGAAGCUGCUCGCAUUCUAAGUGGCCCAAGGAUAUCCAUUAUUGAGAAUGAUCAAGCUACGAACAUAUUGCAGAUUGCCAAGGUAACAGCAGCUGACAAUGGAGUGUAUGUCUGUGAGGCUGACAACGGUAUAGGGUCACCAGGAACAGGGAUGUGGGACCUUCGCAUCAUAAGUGUGGAUGACUGUCUUGAUGGACAGCCUUGUCAAAAUGGAGGUACCUGUGUGGACAAAGUUGGUGGGUAUUCUUGCGUCUGUCCAACAACCUUCAGAGGAACAACUUGCCAACUACAAGACCUUACGCAACUUCCGCCGUCACUGCCAGUAAUCGAAUCACAUCCGUCAAGCACAAGUGUGGCCCUUGCUUCAUCACUAAACCUCACCUGUUCGGCAUCAGGCUCCCCUUCCCCUGGUUACAGUUGGUACAAAGAUGGGGAGCUUGUAUUGGGAGAGACUAUGUCUUUCCUAUACAUAUCAGAGGCACACCCUGAGGACAGAGGAGACUACACGUGCAAGGCUACCAAUGACGUUGGAGAGGAUGUCUCCAAUCCCGCCUCUGUUAAUGUUCCAGGAGUGCUACAAUACACUACUCAAGUAAGAUUGUCAACAAAUUCCACCAGCCUUCUCAGUGAAGCCAUUCUGGUGUUGGCCAGCAGUGAGCUAGCAGACACUGACAGUGACGUCUUCUCUGUCAUCAUAUCAAACAUCACUCGCGUAGGGAACUCAUUUGAAGCAACUGUUUACGUCUCUUUGGUGACUCCACAAGAUCAGCCUGGCUCCGAGCAAGUAGCACGAAUACGAGAGAGCCUAACUAGUGAAUUGCGACAAACACAAUAUAUUCUCAGUGCUGAUGAUCUCAUUAGAGUUGAUGGGUGCACAUCUGAAGAGUACAUGGGCUAUUCCUGGCCCGAGACACACCUUGGUACUAUGGCAACAGCAGCCUGUCCGUGUGCAGAGAUCCUGGGUGACUCUGCAGGUGAAGUGAAGCGGUUUUGUGGAGGGACAUUUUCUCGUGGGGGAGAGUGGAGGGAAGGGCUUGAUGUCAGCUGUGAAACAACCUUGUCUGAAGUGUCUCGACAGCUGUGUGACAUUGCCUCGGAAGUUUCAGCUAAUCAGAGUGUUCAAGCAUCAAGAGAUGUAUUGAAUAUCACGUCCUCGCCCCAAAACUUGACAACCAGUCAUGUGACACUAGCUACAUCAGUUGUGGAGCAAUUGACAGAAGAAGCAGCAACAAAUCCGGAGGUGAGAGACAACUACUUGCUCACUAUUGACAACAUACAGCAAGCUGACGCAGAUGUAAUAGUUGAGAGCCAAGUGACGAUGAAUACUACACUAAGGAUUCUAGACAGUCUGGGAACAUUCUUAGACAACCUUGAUAUCACCACUGUCAACUCUAGCGGUAACUUGACUACAUUCACUUUCAGCACGUAUGCUCUACAAGUGCAAGAAGUGGACCCUGACAGCUUCAAUGGGCAGACUUUUAUUGUUAACUUGGGGUCAGUGGAACAAGCUGUGAACAGUUCUGGAGUUAUUGAGCAAGAAUCACUACUCACAGUCGAUGGUGUUGCUAAUGACAUCAGUGGUACAAAUACUGAGCUUUCUCAAAAUGGGUCUACGGCUUCACUGCAACUGACUCCUGAAAUAUUUGAGAAUUGUGUUAGUAAUGAAAGCAGUACUAACUCAUCAUCAGUUGUUAGUCAAAGACUCAGUUAUUCUGUGUUUGUGAGUGAUGUGUUGUUUCUCCCAGAGAACAGAACUUUGAAUCAAGUCGGUUCGAUUGUAGUUGCUGUGCGACUGAGAUGCCAGCUAGCUAACAAAACAAUGCUCAUUGUACCAGUGAGGUCGACAUUCCGAGUUUCGGAUGGAGUUGCUAAAAGCAGUUGUGCAGUGUACAAAACAGAAGAUCGUUUUGGCGCCUGGAACACUGAUGGGUGUAGGGAGGUGGCUAGAUCGGAUGGAACUCUUGAGUGUAAAUGCACCCAUUUGGGCCAUUUUGGAAUUUUACUCGACUUGAAUCCAACCUCUUUACCAGAGGCCCUGUCCGUCAUUCUGAGUGUCGUCACAUUUGUCGGUCUGGGACUGUCAAUAAUAUGUCUUGUUGUCUUUUUUCUCACCUACCUGCUCAGCAAGAAACUUCGCAUGAAUACCCACGGACAUGUUCUGGUCCACAUGAGCGUUUCACUGUUGGGUCUCUAUGUCACGUUCCUUAUUGCUGGCUUCACCACUGGGGUCCCUGGCUUGUGUGGGGUUAUGUCCGCCCUUGUGCAAUACUUCUUCCUGGUGUUUUUUGCGUGGACCAUGGCAGAGUCUAUCUUUCUCUAUCUCAAAUUGGUGACUGUGCUGGAGUCGUAUUCUUUCACAUUCAGAUACACACUCAAAUCAGCUAUACCAGCGUGGCUUAUUCCAGUGCUGAUUGUGGCAGUGAGUGGGGGAGCAGGACAUCAGUUCUAUACCAGCCGCUACUAUUGCCGUCCAACAGAAUGGCCGUUCUACUUCGGGUUCAUACUUCCAUUUCUGGUCGCCUACGUAUUCAACUGGAUCUUCUUUGUUCUCAUUAUGAUCUCUAUCUGCAGACACAAACGAAACAUGAAUGUUUUGAAGGAGAAGGAGAAAACAUCAACUGAAAACGUACGGGAAUUUAAAGUCAAAUUCAUAAUUGCUUUGUCCCUUGCUGUUGUACUUGGUUUGGGCUGGGUGUUUGGACUAGUGGCUACAAGCUCAAAUGUUGUUGAGCUGACAUUCACACUUCAAAUCAUCUUUGGAGUAUUUGUUGGUUCCCAAGGAGUCCUCAUCUUCAUUCUACACGGUGUCAGAAACAAAGACUUUCGUGAGUUUUGGGCCAGAUUUGUUCCUGGACUACGGAAGCAACUCCCCAGGGACACGAUUUCUUCCGAACGAGGGCAAAUAAAAUCGCUGCGUUUUAAAGGUGGGAGUGGCACAGAUUCUAUUACUUUUAGUAACGAACCUGCCAUGAAGAAUGGAAGCAGAAAUGAAUCGAUAGCACUCAGUGAUCAUUCGUCCAUUACUCAGAAUACAGAUCUUCUCUCUAAAAGGCAAAGCUCCACGGUAACAUAUGUGAGUGAGGGUAGUAGCAUUGUACAGAGCCCUACUGACUCCGUGUUCAAGACCGAUUCUGAGAUGUUUUCAAAUCUGAUUCCGCAUGUAGAGCCAUCACGGAUGAAACAUAAUGAAAGCAAACCAACUGUGCAAGCUAUUGGCUCUGCAAAGGACCCAGGACCACAAUAUGAGGAGAUAUUACCAGGCAAUGGAGGGACCACCACUAGCUUGCCAAUGACACGUAACAAAUCCUACCAGCUACAUACUGUGCAAGCUGCAAGGAACCCAGGACCACAAUAUGAGGAGAUAUUACCAGGCAUUGGUAACCCCCCACAAUAUGAAGAAGUUUCAUUGGCUGGUGAAACUCCAAUGGUAAUUCCAAACAUAGCUAUGACAGCCAAUGAAUGCUAUCGAACUGUGCAAAAUGAAGGACCACGAUAGGAUGCAUGGACCGAAUCACAAAACUGAACUUUUAAACUUGCUGAUGAGAUAAGAACACCAUGUGUGUAAUUUGUAUAAUUUGUACCUUCUGUAAUUUGUUUAUUGUUUAAUAAUAAUUAUUAUUUGAUAAUUUUA